AUGAGGUCCAAAGAAUCUGCACUGAAGCUAUGCAAGAAAUGCAGAGUCAAAAGGAAUUCGACGUCGACAAAUGGCAGAGUUACACUGCGUGGGACGACGUAUGGGACGAGUACAUCAAAGGUGCUCACGAGAGAGCCUACGGACAACUAUUGAUUGGACCUCCGAAGCCAUCCACCCAUGACGAUAGCAAUAGUGCACAUGCGAGACCAUUCGUCACUGGCAACCAAAAGGUUAGGUACGUCGUUUACGUCGGCUCUGUUGUUGUGGCGUUCGUCGAUGACCAAUCGAUAUCCUUUCGAUACCGCCUACGGGAUGUGGAAUGCGGAACUUUUGAGAUCAUCUGUCGAGCUUUGAAACAUCUUGUGGAGCACAUGUUCACCAGUAACAGGCAGUUCAUAGCGGCACAGAAGCUUGAAUGCGUGAUCUAUCAAAAAGCCACGAACAGGAAUAGCAAUGACAUGGGUAGUGACACGAUAAGUGCAGCCAUCAACAUGACGCACAAGCAGAGGAAUACCAUGAAGGAGAAGACCGCCAGCAUCAUUCUCAAACUUCUAACUCCCUUCAACUACCAAAUCAAAAUCGCUGAUGAGGCCACUAUUUUGGGUUAUCCGGUUUCUGCUACAAAAGAUCUAGCAGACUGUUUAUGGGCGAUGAUAUUCAAACGACUGCGAUGGGCACACGUCAAAGUAGUGCGUGUACUGCAGCGACGCGGGGGCAACACUAACGGCUCCAUGAUGCGGCAUCUGAUUUUAUGGGCAUUCAUCCAACCCAUCAUCGAUCUAAUCACGGCAGCGGCACUUGUGUGGGAACUGAGAGUCUGGGAACGAUUUCACAAAGAGUUGGCCGAUGCCAUCCUCGACACGAUUGGGAUUCUCCCCGAAAACGUUACCAUCUUGCUUCGAGCAAAUAAAAUCCACAAGCGUGAUGCGUAUCUAUUGGUCUUUUCGUCAGCAAUGAUCAACCUAGUCGAACCCAUCCUCUUAGCGGUGAAAUGCUGUAGAACAGCGGCAUGCAAGUGGAUGGCAUCUACUGCGUCGGUCGAUCUCGCUAAUCUGAUAACACUCAUGCCCAAACUAAGCAUGCGGCAUCUGCAAGAAGACGACGUUCUAGCCUUAAACGAAAUCAAAGACGGUGAUCAUGCGCUCCGAAAAUUGUUCAGCGAAAAAGCGUGCAGUAAUGUCGAGCCACAAUCUGACGCGCCAACAAAUGACGACUUUCUUUCGCGAAACCUGAUAAGAACUCGUGUUUUCAUGGGAGCUGAUUUAGGUCGUUCAUUCCUGCUCGCAUCCGGCAUCAGUCAACCUCAGAUGCACUCUCUCGCCCCCGGCGACUCGUUCAAUUUUUCCAAGUAUGUAAUCAGCCAGACGACGAAAGGCGCGGAACUAUGGCAAACAUCAUCGGGAUGUGUACUCAUCGAAGCUUAUGUUGACGACGGUGACACUCGAAUAAGUACCACUGUGGAAAAAAACGAAUGUGAAAAAUUCGCUGCAGCAGUAGUAGCAAUUCUGAGUCAACCACUUGUGCGGCAUGUCGUCGAUCCGAUACAAAAUGUUGGGCACAGCAGCGUCAUCGAUGUGAUAGGACUUCGACUGAGUCUUAUCAGAGAGUCGCCAGCUUUUUGCGAACUAUGGGACGCUGAGAAAAGACUAAAGCGAAAUGUAUGCAGAUUCAUCAUGCGGCCGGCCAGCGAUAGUAUGACCGAACUGCAGCAUUUGAUCGACUCGCAAAGAAGCACGUCGACACCCGCCAGAAUCAAGGUCAAAACAAGCACGGUCGACAUUGCUGCCAGGGACUUCGCCACUAACAUGCCGGUACGAAAAAUACGAUGCCCGUUCAACCUCAUCAGCCUCGACAAAGUGUGCCACUUCGUGGAGUUUCGUAACCGAAUCAACAAACGUGUAAGGGAGUGGGACCCGGAGCAAGAAGGGGAAGAUUAACAUCAUAUUUAGCUGGAUUAUCAUAUUUGUGCAAUAAGCUUUUAUUCUAUCUGAAGUCAAACAUAACAACACUACAUAUAUCUACUGAUGACGCAUGCAGAACCUUAAACAACAUUCAUACUUGUAAAUUGAUUUAUGCACGAUUUUGAAUACCUUACACAUUCAUUAAAAUUUUUUUUGGCUAUGUAUUAUAAUUUAAUUUAUCCAAGCAAGUAUAUCGGUCCGUUUGCUAUGAAGCACCAUAUGGCAAAUACAUACAUGAUACAACAUUAAACUCAACAACAUAGAUAACACUCCAAUUAUUAAUUCACAAAUCCAUUACCAAGCUACUAUUUCUAACUAUAGGCCAAAACAUUUUCUUUUUUACUCUUUUUUAUCUGAUUCAUCUUAUACACGACCUCCUACUUACAGAGAACAAAUUUUUCGCUGUCUCCGAAGAAGUUGGUGGUUUAUGGCAAGAU